UGUCACGCGGCUCAUUUUCUCGUAUACGCAGCAGCGAAAUUUGAACUCCGUCGAGACUGCGGUUUCCACUCCCGUGACUUAUUAUAAUAAACGCACUACGCCACGCUGCUUAUAUAGGAAGCGUCGAAAACGUUUACGCGCAGAAAUCGUCAACGAGACUCGCGAGUCGGCGAUGCGCAAGCCGCAUCGGUCUUACCGAUGUUGGUUGUACUAACCGUCCGGGAAACCUGGAACCCGUUGCGAACUACACCUUGUUUUCUUUCGUCACGUGUUGUACGUACGCGCGAUCGCGGCUAUAACCAGUCCUGCGGACGUGACACAACAACAAAUUUAAAGGGACGACAAAAAUUCAAGAGGCACUCCUACGAGCCGUCCCGAGCACGUUGACCCGCGCCCCAAGAUCGCGAAACAAUCUCGAUUGUGUUUGGUGAUAAACCUUCCGCGAGCGAGAUAUAAGGACCGUCGAAAGGUUUACAAGUAUGCACUGCCUAGGCGCGGUGACAGGAGGUGGCACCUCCAGCCCGAACGGGGCUGGCGGCCGGGGUGGUGUUCUCAGCGUGUUUCGAGCCCUUGGAGUCCUUGUGUGCGAAGGGAGAAUCCAGGGCCCUCCGCGUGGCUACAAAGAGGGCCCACACUGUGCACCGCCUAUGCAGGCGGUUCCGAACGACCACGUGUGCGACGAGAACAACUAUCUGUGCAAUCGAUACCGAGUACUAGUUCAAGAAAUCGCUGAACGUCUCUUCGUCGGGUCCUAUCUAUGCGUGGAAGUGCUUCUGUGCAGCGACUGUCCGUGCGGCUUGGGAAAGUCCACAUGCAAAUAUCCCGUGUACCCCGUGCCGUCCUUAUCCAUCUCGCCAUGGAAAAAAUGUGCUUCGGAAAUGUUACUGGAAUACUGGUGUAUCUGCGUUGUCCCGAGCAAGAACUCAGAACCAAUGAAUUUCCAAGGAUUAUACCAGGCAGUGCGUUCGCGGUUGCACUUCAGUCAAGUCGCAGCAUGGUGGUCGCGCAGCAACGGCGCGGAGCCAAGCUACAUUGCCACCCGGAUCGUGCCGCACACCGAGGAUAAUCUCAAUAGAUUCCGAGAGACGCCAGUGGAGCAUACCUUCCCCUUGGCUGGUAACGGCGACGGAAAUUCCAUCAAGGUAACGGUUUGGGCACUGCCGCGGAUGGAGGAAAUGCCUGUGCUCACAUGCUCGCUGCAUCCGAAAAAGGAAAAAGAUGAGGAAGACAUCGCGAGGGCGUUAACGCCCACAAAGAGCAUCCCGUUGGGAUCAGUCGGUGUGCAAAACCUCGAGGGCCUCGUCUUGCCUGUUCUGGUGGACGACAGACUGCAGACUACCUGCAAUAAAUCGGGCAAGCAUGAUUGUCGCUGCGAGGAGGAGGAUACAUCUCCUUUAUCGCCCACCAUUAGAUCUAAUGGCGAACGGAAACGUCGCCGAUCGCUUCCCUGCGGCCCGGCGGAGAGUCCUUGCGUAACCUUGCAAUCCGCGCCGUUACCGUCCGUUCAAGAAUACAUUCUACAAGAGAUAAAAGACAACAUCAACUCGUCCAGCUUAAAUUCGGGAGGCUCUAUCGAGAUGGCAAACAACAAUCGUAGCGUUACGCGGACUCUACAGAAUAAAUCGGAGAACAGAGACGAGGUGAGGACUCGUAACAACCUGAACUCGGAUCAUUUGGACCGUUGGUUCAAGAUGCAGCUGAAAAUCGAGAAGGAUGAUGGCAAUUUGGAAAAACGUUGCAAGCGCGCGACUACCGAAGAAGUCCCGGAGAUUGUCAAUUCGAAGAUCAACGUUAAUCGAAUUGAGGAAAGCUACAAUAAUUCUGUUAAGAAUUUAAACAAUUCUGGAACUGAGCCCGGUGGCUCGUCGGAGGUUACAUCUACGGCGAAAAGCGGUGGACUAUUAGACAAUCUCGGGAGUACCUUCGCUCCUGUCAGUUGGUCCUUUGUUUCUUCCUGGCAAAACAGUAAUAUGAAUAGCAAAUUUCAGAGUUUUCGCGGCGCGAAGAUCCGCUUCAAUGAUUCCGAGAAGAAUUAUAAGUCGCCGAUUUUUGCGGAUGUGUCCAGUCACGCUCCGGCCGGACCCUAUGCUCAGCCCAAUCCUUUCCACGAAUCGAAUCCCGGUCCGUCAACGUAUGAAUUGUUGCAGAAGCUAGAUAACUCCGCUUGCACUGUACAUCAGAGUUGCUCCAAGAAUGUCAAUAAGAUAGUUGCGGAGGCGCGAGUAUCGACCGGUCAAGAUGCGUUAGAGGUCAACAAAGAAGAUAAUAUCGCCAAGAAUAAUCAGAGGAAAGCCGGUAAGCGAGGUCAGUUGAUGUGGACGCUAUCGUCUUCCGACGAGAAAGAUAAGAGGGAAGAGGGGGGAUUAUUUGAUUGGUUUAGCAAGGUACCCGGAAGAGUUUUGAGUGUUGCAGCUACCAAGGGUUACGUCGAUAGCGGCAAGACAAAAAACGGAAAUUUAAAACAACCGGAGCGUUUAACUGGACAACAAGACGCCAACCAGAUCAAAUUCAAGAACUGUAAUUUAGAAUUGAGUCAGCGUGAGGUUGACGAAGUGUUGGCGGUAUUGCGAGCAAGAACACCGUCGGGACGUAGAAGAACCACUGUCAAGAAUGUGAGGAAACGCGGAGAGCGACCCAAUGAGAGAGGCUAUGACGAUGCAGUGGAGAAGGUUUCGAUGAAGUGCGCAAAUUCCAAUGAAGGAGUAGCUGGGAGUAACUCCAUAAAUCGCAACAUUGGAACUGUCCGAGUUCGCCCCCUUAAAUCUUGCGAGGAUUGUAGCCGCGGAUUAUGUAAGAAAAUAGAUCAUCAAGUACCGGAAGAGCAGUCGAGCCCUUUGGACCGAGUCUGUUACGACUUGAACGUUUAUCAUUCAGCGCACUCGAAGCUUACUUGUAACAAUACUAAUAGAUUAAACGAGAAUCCGCGCGUGGAAAACGCGGACCGCUUGCGGAACGUAUCCACUAAAGCGGACGUGCUGCUUGGAGCGAUUCUGCGGACUACCAAGGAUCCUCAAAAGGGCCUGUCGGAUAUCUCAUCAAACGGGACCAGAUCGAGAUCAACGACUAACAUCGACAAUGAUAGCAGCGACGAUGAUCUUCAUUCUUCGAGCACCAAUCAGCAGGAUCAUAGGACAUCCGCCAUCUCGUCCAACGACGAGAAAUCAUUGCCAUUGAAUAAGAGAUUCCAUCGGUUCCGGCAAUUGUUCAAGAAAGAAAUGGAUAAAAGGAUUGCCAUGAUGGCGCAAGAGAGCCCAUUUUCGCCGGAAAGCUCGCCGAGUUACGCGCAUCUGUCACAAUGCUUCGAUUUGACGUCGUUACGCUACAACAACGAACAGCCGAAUCUGCACAAUGCGAGAAACAGCCGGGCGAAACGGCGAAUCGACUUUGUGAACUUUACAGAGGAGAUCGGCAAGGCAAAAGAGGCUGCAACGAUAGUUCCGAGACUCAGUACAAAAGACGCACAUCAAAACUCACGCAAAAUGUAUAGUACAAAUAGCAACGAUCGCGAAUAUAAUGAUUCUGCGGGCCUAAAUAACCAACAGAAUCAUCACGACAGACGGUUACUCGAGGAUACGAACGAAUCCUCUGAGGUCGAGGAUGGAGAAUGCAAAACCGCGAGGGACAUUGUUGCUGUUCAUCGGAAGAACGAUUCGACUAGCCCGACCACUCCGCAGAGCGAACACUCGUCUUCCAAGGUACGAAACAACAAUAACAAGGACGAUAUCGUGGAGACGGGAGACGACGAGACUGUCGACAAGAGCGUGCCGUCCGCUCUCGAGCAAGAGAGAUUCCGCAAAUCUCUGGAGAAUGCGGCAUCAAUGGUGUUCCAUAGUAGAACUGGUCUGCCGCUGACUUCCAGUCCGGCACCUUUGAGGAGGGGCAGCUGUUGCUUCGACUAUGACAGCAGCUUGAAUUCCGUCUCCUCGAAAAGAAAUGCGUUGUUUGAAUUGAACACGCCGCCGAGUCCAGGUGCGGUCUCAUUGGAAGAAACUGAUCGCGAGACAGAGACUGCCGGUGAGGGCGAAGAGACACCUAAGAGACGCUCCAACUCUCGCCACCGACCACAGAGUCACGCUCUUCUAGGCAGUUUUGAGGAAUCGGCGUUGAACGGCAGACUCGAGCCGGUGUCUACGGUUCACGGUUUCACAGCGGAACUUGGGGCCAGCGGUUCCUUUUGCCCGAAACACCAGAAGCUUCCAGUCACUGUGUUCUUCUAUACGCUCGGUGACAACGACAAAGUCUCCACACCAUACCUUGCUCAUAUUAAUCUUGAGAAAAAGGGCUAUCAGGUACCAAGAAAUGGCACCAUCCAAGUAACUCUUCUCAAUCCACUGGGUACAGUUGUUAAGAUGUUCGUAGUAUUGUACGAUCUAUCUGAUAUGCCGCCGCGAUCUCAUACUUUUUUACGUCAAAGAACACUGCGGGACAAAACACUGCGCUACCUCGUUCACCUUAGAUUUAUGUCCAGUAAGUCGGGUCGAAUUUAUCUGCAUACAGACAUCCGUAUGAUCAUUUGUCGUAAGUCCGACGUGGACACGGCGUCGGACUUCGGCUCGGAACCACCGAAAGAACUCAGGAGUUACAUCCACGGCCCUACGAACCCGAAAUUUUCGCCAAGGUGCUGAGCCACGUGGUACUUUCCAUGGGGCUGCUGCCAAUCGUUCCGCCCGCCCAGUCCCCCUCAAGUCGAAGUGUGAUCCGACAAGAUCCAAAUUGGAGAUUGAUUUUUGUUCUUCUAACUAUUUGCGAUUCAUGAUGCGGACAACUAAGAUGAUUUUUUUAUCCUAAUAGAAAGAAGUAAUCGGAAAAUGUUCUUAUUAUUUAUUAUUUCUAAACGUUUUGUUAAAAUUAUAAAACAUCGGGAACACUUGUAGAAAUAAGUUAUCAUGUUAGUUAGAGUAACAAUAUUAAGACGAAAAAUGUGUGUAUAUAUAGUUCUUUCAAAUUAUUAUAAAAAAUAUGUCCUAUAAACAAAUUUUUUUUUAUUGUAAAGAAUUAUAAGGGAAGGGGGAGUGGUCACGAAUCGAAAAUACGCGAGGGUGUUACGCGGAAAGAUUAUGCAAACAGAUCAACCGCUCAUGUUGGAAGAAUAAUUUAUAUCAUUAUUCGUGAUACAUCUCUUUCUUUUCCUUUUUUGGAUAAUUGUAAUAUGUAGUCAAAACAUCGAGUUCUUUUUGCGUUACUUGGCAGAGAACCAAGUGUUAGAUAAUAUGGAAUUGUUCCAGCAAUUAAGUUCCAACACAAUUGGUUAAGUAAAACUAACUCGAAAUUGCGAUUACGCUCCCAAUGUCAUUUUGAUCGAUGGUUUAUGCUUGCAAUAUAGAAUACUGCGUAUAUGCAAAAUGAUAAUUUCGCGUGCAGUAUCUUUGUUUUAAAUUUGUUCUUAUAGCAAUUAAUAAUAUUACAUUUCGAAAAUUCUGUUAACUAAAUUGAAUAAUCUUCAUUUCCGAUCCAACAAUUAACGAUCAUGGAAAUGAUGAUUGGUCGACUAGCAAUAUAUUUUGAAUUUUCUUUAUUCUAUGCGUUUAUAUAUAAUAAUUAUUCUAUAGUAUAUACUGCUAACCAUCAAUUUAAUUUACGGAGUUUGCCGCAAAAGCUGGACGAUCUCGUUGGGAGGCCAUUUUCUCAACUUAUUGCUGUAAAUAUAGUCACGCGUAGAGAGUAAGUCGAGUAAGAAUUUUUAAGCAGGAUGAUAACUGCCAUUGUGUGUGUAGCACUUUACGUUGAAAUGAAAAAAAAAGAAGUGAUAUAAGCGCGGAAAAACGUCGACGAAUUCGGUCCCGCGUUCGGAUCGGAUAUAUGAAUACUAGGAGAGAUCAAAACUGAGUGUGAUUGAAUGGUACGUGCAAUGAAAAGUACAAAGUUUCUCGUGCAUUACUUCAUGUUCUCGCAAUGGAUCAUUGUAAUUUCCGAUGAGAAGAGGAAAUAACUGAGAAAAAGAUUGAAAAUUCUUUUCCCGGAAAACGAAUGUGAUUUUUGUGAUUUACAUGCGAUUGUGAUUUGUUCUUUCUUCUUUGUGAUCCGACGAAUGAACGCGAAUGAACGCGAGCGACCGGAACUCGCGAAUUUUUCCCUGGAUUAAAAAAAUGGUUAUUUACACAUACAUAUAUAUGUAUAUAUAAAUCAGAACACAAUCUUUGUGUCCGUAGCACUGUGAUGAAUAUUUUGAUAGACUAUAAAAGAA